AUGGCGUCGGCGCAAAACCAAUCGGCGAAUGUGGAUCUCUUCGAUGCUUAUUUCCGACGAGCCGAUUUGGACCGCGAUGGCCGGAUUAGUGGCAGCGAAGCCGUCGCUUUCUUCCAAGCCUCCGGUCUCCCCAAACCGGUCCUUGCGCAGAUAUGGGCAAUCGCAGACCAGAGGCAGACUAGUUUCCUUGGUCGGGCAGAGUUUUACAAUGCACUUAGACUUGUCACUGUGGCACAAAGUAAGCGAGAACUUACUCCAGAAAUUGUGAAGGCAGCAUUAUAUGGCCCAGCUGCAGCUAAAAUACCUGCACCUCAAAUAAAUCUUGCGGCCACGGCUGCACCUCAGUUCAAUUCUGCUCCAGCAGCACCUGUAACUCAGGGUGGUGCUGUUACUCCAACAUCCUCUCAAACUCUUGGGCUCCGGGCCCCGCAAGUACCACCUCAGUAUAAUUCUGCUGCAGCAGCAACUGCAACUCAGGGCGGUGCUGUUACUCCGACGUCCUCCCAAAAUCUUGGGUUCAGGGGACCACAGGUACAAUCUCAGUUCAAUCCUGCUGCGCAAGCACCUGCAACUCAGGGUGGUGCUGUUACUCCAGCAUCCUCCCAAACCCUUGGAUUCAGGGGGCCGCAAGUGCCUCCAAGUGUGAAUGUGAACCAACAAAAUUUCCUUUCUCAAGAUGCUAAGUCAACGAGGCCUCCAGUGCCUCCAUCUACUUCUGAUUCCCAACCACCACAGGGUGUUGCCACUCAAGGGUUCCCUAGGGGAGGUUCAGUGGUACACCCUCAUCCGCCAAACUCGAGUAUGUCAAAUGAUUGGAUUGGUGGAAGGACUGGUGGAGCUCCGACGGGGAUACCCUCAACAUCAGGACCAACAGCUUCCCUACCACCUAGACCGCAGGCAGGUUUUGGGAUAAGACCAUCAGGACCACCAGCUAAGGAUUCCAAGUCAUUAAAUAUAUCCGGGAAUGGGUUUACUCCUGAUUCAUCUUUUGGAGAUGACGUGUUUUCUGCAACAGCAUCUCAACCAAAGCAAAAUCCUUCUGCACAUGCAUUUCCUCCUGGCAGUGUACCGGUCUCAUCAGCCAUUGUACCAGCUGCUGGGACCCAAUCUUCAGCUAGCCCAAGUACUGUUGGUUCUUUGCAAAGUUCACACAUGAUACAACAGGUUGGUGGACAACCUCAGCAGGCCCAGUCAUUUUCAAAGCCAAACCAACAGGUCUCUGCUCAGACUAGCCCAUCUGGAGUUUCACUUGGAGCUGGGAACUCUUCUUCUAGUCAGUCCCAUAUACAAUGGCCUAGGAUGACUCAAAAUGAUGCUCAGAAGUAUUCCAAUAUCUUUGUGAAAGUAGACACAGACAGAGAUGGGAAAAUCACUGGUGAACAAGCGCGCGACCUAUUUCUAAAAUGGGGACUACCAAGAGAGGUUUUGAAGCAGGUGUGGGACUUAUCCGAUCAGGAUAAUGAUAGCAUGCUUUCUCUCAGGGAGUUUUGUGUCGCACUAUAUUUGAUGGAGCGGUAUAGGGAGGGACGCCCUCUCCCAGCUGUGCUACCAAACAGUGUUAUGUUUGAUUUAUCUAAUAUUUUUCAACCCACAAAUCAUUACAACCAUGCUGGCAAUGUAGCCUGGAGACCUGCAUCUGGCGUUCAACAACAGCAACCGAUACCUGGCCCUGGGGCUCGACACAUGGCACCCCCGGUUGGAGGAAGGCCACCGAAGCCAGUUGCUCCUUCUCAUGCUGAUGAAAGGCCACAGACCAAUCAGCAGAAACCAAGAGUACCAGAAUUAGAGAAACAUCUUUUAAAUCAACUGAGUAAAGAGGAGAUUAACUCCCUGGAAUUAAAGUUCAAAGAAGCAACUGAAGCUGAUAAAAAGGUAGAAGAACUGGAGAAAGAAAUUUUGGAUGCUAAAGAGAAAAUUGAAUACUUCCGUGUCAAAAUGCAAGAACUUGUUUUGUACAAGAGCAGAUGUGAUAAUCGCCUUAAUGAGAUCACAGAAAGGGCAUCUGCUGAUAAACGUGAGGCCGAGUCCCUGGCCAAGAAAUAUGAGGAGAAAUACAAACAAACUGGAGAUGUAGCUUCCAAGCUGACUAUUGAAGAAGCCACAUUUCGUGAUUUACAGGAGAAGAAAAUGGAGCUAUACAGGGCAAUUGUCAAGAUGGAGCAAGGAGGUGAUGCUGAUGGCACCCUUCAGGAUCGGGUUGACCGUAUCCAAUUGGAUCUUGAUGAGCUUGUAAAAACUCUCAAUGAGCGCUGCAAGAAGUAUGGAUUACGUGGAAAGCCUACAACAUUAACUGAGCUUCCUUUUGGCUGGCAACCGGGCAUCCAAGAAGGAGCUGCUGACUGGGAUGAAGAUUGGGAUAAAUUUGAAGAUGAAGGAUUCACUGUUGUCAAGGAGCUCACUCUUGAUGUGCCAAAUGUCUUGGCGCCUCCAAAACAGAAAUCAUCACCAGCUCAGAAAGAAAAAGCUCCCACAGUUGAGAGUCCAACAGCUGCUUCUUCACCUAAAGUUAAUGAAAAUUCAGAAAAGCCUCAGAGUGCAGAUAGAAGGGUAGUUGAAAAUGGAGCAGCAUAUGAUAAAAAUGAAAAUGAUUCAGCAAAAAGUGCUCCAAACAGUCCAUUUGCUAGCAGUACUGUUGGAAGCCCAUCUAGAGAAUUUUCUGAUUCUAACUUUGGAAAGACUACAGGUGCAGAUGCCUCACCCCGUGAGAAGGAAUUUCAAAGUGAUCAUGGGGGUCCUGGGUCUGUGUUUGGUGACAAGAAUUUUGAUGAACCAGCGUGGGGAACAUUUGACACUAAUGAUGACGUUGACUCUCUGUGGGGUUUCAAUGCAGUUAGUACCACCAAGGAUAUUGAUCAUGAGAGUAAUAGAGAUCACUACUUUUCUGGGCCUGGGGAGUUCGGCCUCAACCCUAUCAGGACUGGGUCAUCAGCAGGUGGCUUUUCCCAGAAUAAUCGUCCCUUUACUUUUGACGAUUCCGUUCCUAGCACACCACUCUCGGUCUUCAAUUCAGGAUACUCACCUCCAAGGUACAAGGAUAGUUCAGAACCCUCAUUUGACACCUUCUCCAGGUUCGAUUCGUUCAGAAGUACACAAGAUAGUGGAUUUUUCCCUCAACAAGAAACACUGGGAAGAUUUGAUUCUAUGCGCAGCAGUAGAGACUUUGAUCAGGGUCAUGGGUUUCCAACAUUGGAUGACAUCCCAGAUCCUUUUGGCUCUUCAGCGCCAUUUAGGACAUCACUGGACAGUCAAACUCCAAGAAGAGACUCGGACCCUUUUGGGUCUUCCGGGCCAUUUAGGACAUCAUGGGACAGUCAAACUCCAAGAAGAGACUCGGACCCUUUCGGGUCUUCAGCGCCAUUUAGGACAUCACUGGACAGUCAAACUCCGAGAAGAGACUCAGAUACUUUUGGGUCUUCUCCAUUUAGUACAUCACUGGAGAGUCAAACUCCAAGACGAGACUCAGACCCCUUUGGGUCUUCAGGGCCUUUUAAGUUGUCAAUGGAGAGUCAGACUCCAAGAAGAGACUCUGAUCAUUGGAGUGCAUUUUAG